UAAAAAUGUUCAUGGAAGAGGAAAAGGAAAACUCUUUAGAUUUAGCUCCCCUGCAAGAGCUUUUGCAAUAUGAUCAGCCAAGUGCUUCUGGGAUGAGUAAGUUUGGAUUUGAGUCAAACAUAUCAGUAAUAGAACAUCCUGGAGGAAAAGAUAACAGCCUGAACAAGUUUAGUAACCAGGCAGGUGUUUCAGAAAACCCUUCUUCCAGUUCCCAGUCUUUGACCAAGAUGCAAGAGAAACGUGAGAAAGGGAGAAUAAGGUCAAAGCUUUCGAGAGAAAAAUAGAAAAGCCUACGUUGCGAAACUUGAGUCAAGGAUAGAUGAUCUUGAAACAGAAAAUUCUAGACUCCAGAAUAUUAUUAUUAAACUGCACUCUGAAAAGUAUUCAAAGGCUGACCCCAAUUCAAAAAGCUUUGUUAAUGACAUCCAAGACUUACAAGGAACCACUAUUGAUAAUUUCUGGAACCGAGAUACCAUGCAGCAUAACAGUGAAAGGUCUAUUGCUGUGGGUAUUAAUUACUACAAUGUUGCUUCCAAAGCAAUGGAGAAGCAUAAAUAAGUUUUUGGACUCUGUAUUUGAGAUGAUUAUUAACCAUCCAUAUUCCCUCACCCGUUUCAGGUACUGGAAAGAUCUCAACUCAGAAUAUACGACAGAGUAUGAUCAGAUUAAGAAGUUAAAGAAGGUUGAUAAAUACAAGGUAGGAGAAUUCAUGCAGGCCAAUAACCUUACCCCUCUUGACCAAUAUGUGGCUUCAUUCAAUCCGAGUAAGAGGCAGUUUGAAUUCCUGAAGAAUGUAGUGUUCAAGAAGGAAUUACAGGUCAAAAAUGAAUUUAAAGAAGCUAUUAAAAAGCUUUUGGAAGCUAAAUUGAUAAUCCAAAAAGCAAAUCUUGAGAUCCAUACGUUUAUUGGAUUCUUUUUAAAUUGAGGAAUACUAUCUGACGAACAGAUUCUGCAAUCUAAUAUAAAAUAUGGCUUUUUCAAGAGAGAACAAGCAUUUAAGAAUAUUUGGAAUGUCCAAGUCAGGCUUAAUCGAUACUGCAUAGAUAUGGCAGAAGAUCCUUUAUAUGGAAAAUAUGCUAGAAAGUAUUUAAAGAAAGAUAAAAGGAUACUCUAUUUCCAGUACAAUGACUAUUCUUUGCCUUAA